UGAUCCUCGCUCUGUGACGCCGCGGUUUGUGGAUUGAAGAACGCGCUGAAAGACGGGGAAGAGCCGAAAGUCUGCCGGAGUUUUCAUAUGAAAUUUAAAGGGGACUGAGGCGAUCACUUAUUCGUGUACAGUUUAUGGACAACGGCAGAAUUUUAGGGGGGCUGAGUAGAAGGUGUUAGGGGGGCUUUAAAAUAGCCUAGUGAUGCCCAUGACUAGCUAAUUCGUUGUGAAUGUUAUGAAUACGGGUCUUGAGUACUCUAUGGGCUCUUUAGGGGGCGAGGCAGGAGCAGCAGCUAGUAAGCCACAUAGAAAGCAGCAUAGACAAAACUCACAUAACGUUAAUACUAACCGCUGCGUCUGUGAAGAAAACGGUGUUAAGUAGUGUGUGUAAAUGAGUGUCAGGUGUGGUGUCAGUACUCAGGUGAUUGAGGGCGUGGUCGCGAGGCUGAGGUGGGAGCCUCCGUGACACUAAUGAAUCAUGGCAAUGAUUUCUCCCAACGAGACAACAUGGAAGUGCUUUUUAUUUAUUUAUUUUUAAAGCUGAACAGCUGACUGUGUCCAUACUUGUCUGCUUUUCCAGAGUCUUAGAGUAAUGUACACAGCCAAUUCAAAAGUGUUAAAUUUUCAGAAGCCAUUUUCUUCCUGUGAUGAGCAUUUUCGUGGCAAAAUGUUGGUGAAAAAUCAGAAGUACGUGAAAGUGGCCAAAACUGAGGAGGGCUACGAAGACUUCAACACAUUUCUUCAAAAAGGUUAGUGUCGUUUCAAACAACUCUGAAUGUUUGAAUAAACUGACCAUUCAAUCGAUUUAUGUUGUACCACACAAAUUGUGUUGCUCUACAAAAUAGUAAUAAUAAUGGAAACAUAAAACCAGGGAGAGUUUUCUCUGGUCAUAAUUUAAUAUUUUCUCAGUCAUAGAAAAGCUAGGUCUUCCACUACAGUCUGAGCUGCGCUUGGCAGAUGAAUCAGGGACAGAAGUGGAUGCAGAUGUGUUUGAGGAGCUUUUGCAAGCAGGGAACCUUACUGUUACGGUGUCCACUGAACAAUCAAUAGUUGUGCUUCAUGAGCAUGUAUCACACACUACGUCGCCCGUGUCAGACAUUUCAUCCUCGUCUGUGUCAGAGAACUCUAUCAGACUAGUAUCCUCUGAUUCAUCAGAUGCAACAGUAAUUAUUAAGACAAAUGGAGGAAAAAGAACCCAUGCCGAACGGGAAUCAGCGAAAGAGAUGGUGGGAGAUGCUCUCCACUCUAAGCCAGGGUUAUAUUUACAAAAUAUAUUUAAAUAUUUGGGAGGAAUAUGACAAAACAAAGACACUGACAGAUAGAACACGGAGACAGAUGGUAAACCUUCUUGUGGCCGACAUGACUGAAGUUCAUGGGAGGAUCCCGCCAACCUCUGUUUGUAUGAAAUAUGCUCUUGGCAUCAUCUCUGUAUUUCCCAGCCUCAGAGAUCCAUAUUCAGACAAUGGAUAUGAACACUUCUAUGACCCACAGAGUGGACCUGGCUAUUUGGCCUGGAGGCUAAAGACCGUCUAGCACAACACUUUUCCUCUGUGCCAGAAAUUCUCCACCGGCACUACCGAUCAAGAUAGUCCAAAGAGAAAGAGGGAGUUUCUUCUGACUGACAUGCAACUGCUUGGAGAGGAUUGUCAUGAAGCAAUAUCCUUUAUGAAGCAUUCAACUGAUGCAUCGGUUAUCAAAGAGAAGAUGAGGGCCACGUUUCAAUAUCGCCAGUCACUGGUUCAGGAUCAGCAACAGUCAUCAACAGUCUUGGAUGUGUUUUCACGACACCCCUGGCUUGAUUGAACAAGUCUUCACCAUGAUGUUUGGAGAGGAGGUGUCAGGCAGACCUUUGGCAAAAUGGCCUACUUAUUUUAAACCCAGGAUCCUGGCAGACUGCAAGUACCUGAUUUCUAAUGAGCAUGUUGAAGAACUCUUGUGUGCACAGCAAAACUCUGAUGGGACUGGCUGGGACAGUGACCUGCCAAGUAUUUUACUGCUGGUUCACCUGCUUCCACCUACCUCCAAAGGCCACAAGAAGAGUGCCAAAAUUAGCUCAUAUCAAGCUGUCGACCAUGUUGUGAGAUAUCUGCGGAUUGGAACCAGUGUUGAAACCUUCCUUGCAGGUGUGAAGUCAGGACAGCCCUUCCUCCUGCGUGUUGGUGAGCAGAGGAACAACAUCCAAAGGUUCUAUGUCAUCCUUGAUCACAAGCCCAUCCCUUGCAAAGCACAAACAUCCCUGGCAGCUUUCGAUGAGCUCUUCAAAGCACACUUCAUCUUCAGUGUCAACUACCACAAAUCCCUCUACAACUUUUACACAUUCAUCCAAACCACAGUGUUCAACAUUGACGUUGGAAGUGCCAAAGAAAAUCCCAGAGUCAGGGAGCUCAGAGCAAGAUUUCUUUACAACCCUUGAGGUGAUAAAUAUCCUUGGAGGCAAAUAUGUUUUUUUGUGUAAGGCACACCACAAAAGUUCUGCACUGCUUUGUCAGCAUUGAAGGCUCAAUCAUGGUUUAUAUCCUGGAAAAACUUUACGUUUGCAAUGUGGACAGCUGGGGUGCACUUUUGACUGAUAGUGUUGACAAUGUGAACAUUCAUAAUAAAGCUGAUGAACCCUCAUCUUCUCAAGCAGUCAGUAUAGACACCCCAUUUGCCGCCCAACGGUCUGUUGUGAAUCAUCAAGUGUUAAAUAUGUGUGGUUCUGUUGUAGCACAGCUACAAGCACAUGGUGUUGCUGAAAGCACAGUGCAAGCAAUGGUAGAGUCCAUGGAGGAACUUGUAAAGGGCAUUCAUUGUCAAGUUAAAGAAGCAGUUCACAGCUGUUCAGACAUUCAGGGUACAGAUUUGGAUGAGAAGGUGGAAAAAUGUUUUGAGCAACUUGAAAAUCCUUUCUCCGUCUUGAACACAAGAGUGAAACGACAGAAGUUCUUUUGAGGAAAAGUUUGAAAUAGUUGAACCAGUUGAAAAUGUUCUCGGGGUGCGGUUUGAUCUACGCAGAGAUCGAACAACAGGAGUUUACACACAGAUCCCUGUAACAGAUAAAUUUGUGUACGUGCCAAUUUUGGGAACCCUAAUGUCUAUGUUCAAGAACAGUGAAAUAUGUGAACAUUUCUUGCAAGCCAAACAACAGGAAGAAGGCAUUUAUAGAGACGUGUGAUGGCUCGUAUUUCAAAAGCAACAGUUUGUUUUCUCUUAAAAAACAUGCUCUACAGAUUCAACUUUAUUAUGAUGAGUUUGAGACUGCAAAUCCCUUAGGUUCAGAGAAAGGGAUACACAAACUUGGUUCUAUUUACUUUGUAUUGAGAAACCUGCCCCCAAAAUUUAAUUCUGUGUUAAUGAAUAUUCAUGUUGUGGCACUCUUUUACUCACAAGAUGUGAAGAAAUAUGGAUUUGAUGAUAUACUAAGGCCUCUCAAUGAUGAUCUUAAAACACUUGAAACCCAAGGAAUUGAAGUGCCUUUCUCUGACUCACCUUUGAUUGGUUCUGUUAUACAAGUAACAGGUGAUAACCUAGGUUUACAUGGACUGUUUGGUUUUGUUGAGUCCUUCAGUGGUACAUAUUGUUGUAGAUUUUGUUUAACCAGUAAAGAUGAGUUACAGUCUGUCUUCACUGAAGAUGACCCUGGCAUGAUUUUAAGACAUUUUAAGUGCUCUUUUUAAUGUUAAUGCAUACUGUGAAGUGUCAACCACUAACUGGGUGAAGAACUAUGGAACAGAAUAUCAGAUUGAUAUGUUUGUUUGUGUUAGAACAAAUAUGGAAAUUCCUGAUUUCCGAAAGAUCACCAACAUCAUUAUAAGUGAUGAGCGAGCUUUCAUUCUGACUUCUAGAGUGGACACUCUUUAUUUUGAUGAUCAUUUGAAUGCAUACUGUAUAGAGGACAGAGCAGAUUCAUUUGCUGUUUUUUCACUUAAGGAGUUGAUUUCUUACAAACCUUAUGACAGACAGUUUUCUAAUAUGAUGGAUGAAAAAA